UCCUGUGCCCAUCAUUGAGCCGUCCACCUGCCCGAACACAAGAAGAGCGAGGCGCACAGGAUUGGAGAGCCAUGCCCGGGACCGAUCCCGGCUUGGACCAGGCAGAUGCCAUGGCCAUAUUCGAUCAGGUCGUGAGCUCCGCAACUCCCUGCACCACGGCGUGGGAAGAGGUUGGGCUGUCCGCCCUGCGCACGAGCCUGGAUGAACAGGCGCUGGCCGUGGCGGAGCACCAGGAGUCGUCUCUCGAGAGCCGCCGUGCGAUCGCGGCUCAGGCCAAAGCGUUCCGACUAUCCGUCGAAGCUGAGGUCGGCGCCACCUCCGACAUGCGUGCUGCAAGCGGAGCGCUGGUGCGUGCGUUCAAGAGCGAGAUCGAUGCGCUGACCGAUAGGAGCCGUUUCGCCGAGGGGUCGUUCUUAGCCCUUUACAAGCUGCUUCGGGAAGCUCCCGACCCGGCGAUCACCGUGAAGGCCUUGGAGAACGCGGCUCGCGCUACUGUCGAUGCUCUGGAAGGAAAGAUCAGGUUUCUGGAAGAGCGAAGCGUUGAGCAGUCUCGCCAGCUGGACGCCGCACGAGCAGCCGUCGCUGCGCGAGGCGGUUCUCUCACCGCGGAGGAGUUGGAGGAGGAGCGGCGUGUUAUCAGGGCCGAGAUAGCGGCAGACCAAGCGGAUACAGCGCAGACGCGCCUGCAGGUGCUCCAAGACGCCGUCCAGGAGGAGCUGCUGCUAGCUCAGGGACAGGCGGAGCACGAGAGAGCGGCGGCCCAAGCGCAACAGCAGGUUCUUCAGCAAGAAGUUGAGCGACUAGAGGCCCGAGCCGCGAUGGUGGAAGAGGAGGCUGGACGAGCAGGACGUUUGGAGGAGGAGGCGGCGGAUCUAAGGGGGCAGCUGCGAGCUUCGCGAGAGAAGGCGAAGGACGUGGCUUUGCUAGAGGCAGAGCGGGAGGGUCUGGUCGCGCGCUCCAGGGAGGCCGUGCAAAGCGAGAGGGCAGCCGUCGUGGGGUGCGCCGAGGCCGAAGCGCGCGCCAAGAGCGUGGAACGAUCUUCGGAGGUCCGCGUCCGGGAGGUGGAGGCAGAGGCGGCUCGCUUACGGCAGCAGCUGGAGACGGGAGCAGAUGCAGCUGAGGUGAAAGGCAUGCGAGAGAAGAUUCGAAUCUUGGAAGGAAUUUGGGGAGACGCCGACGUGGACGAAGGCGACGAGGGAGAAUGGGUAGGGUCGACGAAGGGCCCUGUCAGCACCGGCGGCGAGGUGGCCGCUGGAGGAGAACGCACCCACCCCCUCUCGCCGUCACCAGCAGCUGCAGAGGGAGGUGUGGAAGAAGGGUCCCAAUAUGGCAGUGUUGCUGAGGGCGAGGGAAGCGGUGUUGGAGGCAAAUGCGACGGAGCGAUCGAGUCCGAGGGUGUGAGCGGGAAGGUUGACGGUGCUGUGGUGGGGGAGGCGGAGUCUAGGCGGCGGGGGGGGGGGGACGGCGGGGUUGACGCAUGGUUGAUCUCGUACAACCGGCGGCUGAAGAACGAGCUCGAGAGGUUGAGGGAGAGGACGAGGCAGGCGGAGGAGAGGUGA